GCAGCUAAUCAACCAACCCAUUUUCAUUUUCUCUACAGUUAUGGCUCCAUCUUUGCUUCACUUUAAGACUGCAGCAGCUGUUGCUGUGGCCUCUGCAAAAGCUGCUGAAAAUGACAACGUAAGUAGAGUUCAACUCCCGGACAAGACAAGGAACUCUCGGGUCCUUGUCCUGGGUGGAACUGGUCGGGUUGGAGGAUCUACUGCCACUGCUCUUUCCAAGCUUUGCCCGGAUCUUCGUAUUGUCGUCGGUGGUAGGAAUAGGGAAAAAGGUGCUGCCAUGGUGGCUACGCUAGGAAAGAAUUCCGAGUUUGCAGAAGUCAACAUUAACAACAAAGAUUCAUUGGAAGCAGCUUUGAGUGAUGUGGAUCUUGUAGUUCAUGCUGCAGGACCUUUUCAACAGUCACAGAAGUGUACUGUCUUGGAAGCAGCCAUAGAGACCCAGACUGCAUAUCUGGACGUUUGCGAUGAUACAAACUAUGCGUUCCGUGCAAAAUCGUUCAAGGAUAGAGCAGUUGAUGCAAAUAUUUCAGCCAUAACUACUGGAGGAAUCUAUCCUGGAGUGAGCAAUGUGAUGGCAGCGGAGCUUGUUCAUGCUGCAAGAAGCGAAAGCAAGACAGAACCAGAGAGGUUAAGGUUCUCCUACUACACGGCAGGCAGUGGCGGUGCUGGGCCAACUAUAUUAGCCACUAGUUUUUUACUGCUUGGCGAGGAAGUUGUUGCAUAUAAUAAAGGACAAAAAAUCAAAUUAAAGCCCUUUACCGGAAUGCUCAAUGUAGACUUCGGAAAAGGCAUUGGAAAGAGAGAUGUUUAUUUGUUGAACUUACCUGAGGUACGGAGUGCUCAUGAGAUCUUAGAAGUACCAACUGUCAGUGCUCGAUUUGGAACUGCACCUUUCUUCUGGAAUUGGGGAAUGGAAGCCAUGACAAAUCUUCUUCCUGCGGAAUUUCUGAGAGACAGAAGCAAAGUCCAACAGUUGGUUGAAUGGUUUGAUCCACUAGUCCGAGCAGUUGACGGAAUUGCCGGUGAGCGAGUUUCAAUGAGGGUUGAUCUGGAAUGCACAAAUGGACGGAGUACACUUGCUUUGUUUAGUCACAGGAGACUAUCUGUGGCAGUGGGAAACGCCACAGCUGCUUUUGCAGUAGCAAUUCUUGAGGGAAGCACCCAACCUGGUGUUUGGUUCCCAGAAGAGCCUGAAGGAAUUGCAGUUGAGGCUAGAGAAGAACUGCUCAAGCGAGCUGCAGAAGGAGCAAUAGCAUUUGUGAUGAAUAAGCCACCCUGGAUGGUUGAAACAGACCCAAAAGAGCUUGGAUUAGGAAUAUAUGUAUGAGAAUGCUCGGAACUUAGUCGCGUGCGAGCCUGCCUUUUUUGUGGUGAAUUUUUGGUAUGGAUGAAUUGUUGAUCCUUGUGACUAAGGUCAUGUCAGAUGCUGGAAAUUACAUAUGAUUUGAGGGACUUGAGCUUGCAGUCUUCGAUUCUAGGUUGAAUCGAACCCAUCUGAAAAUCUUAACCCUACUGUAAUUUUUGUUGUUAAAAAUGUUGAGGAUGUUCUUUGGAAUACAGCUGAGGUGAUGAAAAAAUGUACCCAGUAUCAUCUAUUUCUUGAUUCAUUAAAAGAAAUUUUAUGUUUUCUAUUUCA